AUGAGCUCCAACAACUCUGGUUCCAGCUCCGGCGGCUACAACCUCACAGGCAGCUGCAUCUCCACCACCCGCAACUCCGGCUCGGGCUCGGGCACCACCUCCGGCACCACCGGCGGUUCUUCUUCUUCCUCCUAUAACUCUUCUACCUCCCGCCACGACAGCGGCUACGCCACGGGCGGCGGUUCAGCUUCCAGCUCUGGCGGCAGUAGUGCUGGGGGGUCUAGUGGGCAUCAGGGUAGUGGGGGUAGUUUGGGGGGUGUUAGACAGUCGAAAUAUGUGGGUAUGGAAGCUGAAGUAGCGGGUCGUCUGCAUAAUACAUUUUCCCUUCCAGACAUCAAAUUCUGCUGUGGUAUGCGUGUUCCUACUGCAUCUGCAUUGAGAUCAGGCUGA